CUUUGGAGGGCGUGGCCGGCCUGUGUACUGUCAGGGAGGAAUGGCGCUCGGCGCGGUAUUUUGAACAAUCGCCUUUUCCUUUCCUCGUUUUAUCUGGAAACGUUGCCUAGCGUAAAAAACCACUGGAUUAACAGAAAGCUGAGACUUUGCAAGCAUGGAUGUGGUGUCACCAGAGCUCAACAGCCUCCUUCCUGAUGAGAUCAUGGAUACUGAGGCCAUAGAGGAUGUCCCUCAACCCCAACCUGUCGCCACCACGGUCCAGUCAGAGCCCAGCGAUGAUACAUCAGUCCCGAUGGAAACAGAUACGCCAAUGGUUUCAGAAAGUUUGAGCCUGUGUUCAGAUGCUGCUUCAACAGAACACACUCAGGAUCUGACUACCUCUACAGCCACAGACUCUACACUCUGCAUCAGCUCUGGAAGUCAGAUUCCUAUCUCAAUUUCCAGUUCGUCAUCACCCCUUCUUACCCUCAAACCAGCUCUGGCUACUUCCACAGCCACAACCAAAACUACAGAUAGUGUAACUGGGACAAGUGUCUCUACAAGUGGGUUACAGAAGCUCACGGCUCCGUUCACCAUCUCUCCUGCAAACCACCAGAUCAUUCUGAACAAGGUGGCCUCAUCUCAAGCCACAGAAGCAGCAAAGUCUGUGGGUACACAGCCCCAGGUCAUCAAGCAGGAAGGACAAAAACUCUUGGUUACAGCAAUAGGAAAGUCAGGGCAACCUAUUGUGUUGCAGUUGCCCCACACAGGCAGCAAGCCCGGAGUUUCACAGACUUCAGGAGAUACCAAGUCUCAAGCUCCACAGUUUAAAGUGGUGACCAUUGGUGGGAGGUCAGAACUGAAGCCGGUGGUGGGCAGUGCUAGCAAUCAGGUGACCACAUUACAGGCCCAGCAGCUGAAGGCUGUACAGAUUGCUAAGAAAACACCAGCAUCCUCAGCUGCACCAAUCAAAUUUAUCAUCACAAAAACUGUCAACAGCAAAGGCCUAAGUCCUCAGACAUCAGUUCCUCCUGUUAUUGCUGGACGGGUCCUGACACAGAAUUCUCCAGUGAUUCCCCCAAGGACCAUCACUCUCUCUGAAACCCACAACACAAGUAUACAGAGCAUCCCUGGGAAAAAAAUUGCGAUAUCACCUCUUAAGACUCCCAGCAAGGUAACUGUGGUAUCUGUGGCUUCCCCGACCUCCAACACCUCUCAGAAGUCAGUAGCGCUGCCUGUCAAUGUAGCACUUGGCCAGCAGAUCCUCACAGUCCAACAGUCCACGUCUGCAUCUCCAGUUAAGGUGGCCACCAGCCAAAGCACAGCACAGAGUAUUAAACCAGUGCAGUCUGUGGCUGUGGGAGGCGUUGGUGGCUCCCAGUUCAAGACCAUCAUCCCACUGGCUACCCAGCCGAAUGUGCAGCAGAUUCAGGUGCCAGGAAGCAGGUUUCAUUAUGUCCGCCUCGUCACAGCAACAACAGCGAGCAGCACAGGACAGCCCAGUGGUCCCAGCACCAGCUCCAUACAGACAGCUAAACCUAUGGUGGUCAGUACAGGAGCAGUGAGGAUGUCUGUCCCUAUAGUCCCAGCACAGACCAUGAAACAGGUGGCACCUAAGCCUUUGACAUCAGCAGCACAAGUAGUAACCACCACUCAGACCCAGCAACGCCUGAUCAUGCCUGCAACUCCACUGCCCCAGAUCCAGCCCAAUUUCACCAAUCUCCCUCCAGGCACUGUCCUGGCACCAGCUCCUGGAGGUGGGAAUGUGGGCUAUGCAGUGGUGCCAGCACAGUAUGUUACACAGCUCCAGCAGUCACCUUUUGUGACUCUUGCCAGCAGCUCUGGUUUCCCUGCAUCCACUGGUAUCCAGACUCAGGCCAGGCUGCCACUUAAUGGCAGCUUGUCAACGGCAGAAACAACCUCAAGACCAAGGAAACCAUGCAACUGCACCAAGUCACAGUGUCUUAAACUAUACUGUGACUGCUUUGCAAAUGGAGAGUUCUGCAAUAAUUGUAACUGCAAUAACUGCUUCAAUAACCUGGAACAUGAAACAGAACGUCUCAAAGCUAUAAAGACGUGUCUGGACCGGAAUCCAGAGGCCUUCAAACCUAAAAUUGGUAAAGGCAAAGAGGGAGAGUCAGACCGUCGACAUAGCAAAGGCUGCAACUGCAAAAGAUCAGGCUGCCUGAAGAACUACUGCGAGUGCUAUGAGGCAAAGAUCAUGUGCUCGUCCAUUUGCAAAUGCAUCGGCUGCAAGAACUUUGAAGAGAGCCCGGAAAGGAAGACGCUUAUGCACUUGGCCGAUGCAGCAGAAGUGAGAGUACAGCAGCAGACAGCAGCCAAGACCAAGCUGUCCUCACAGAUCUCAGACCUGCUCAUGCGGACGACGCCUGUUAUUUCAAGCGGAGGCGGGAGGUUGCCAUAUACGUUUGUAACGAAGGAGGUGCUUGAAGCGACGUACGAGUGUCUGCUGGAACAGGCCAAAAAGGCAGAACAGACUCAUCAGCCUCAGGCCGAAGCAGAGAGGAUGAUCCUGGAGGAGUUCGGACACUGCCUCAUGAGGAUAAUCAGCUCUGCAGGGAAAGCCAAAGCAGACUGUGCCUCCAUCAACUGCUAGGCCAAGCGCCCUGAGGCCCUCCACCCUCUUACCCGCCCCGGCUGCAGGGUCUGAGACACAUGGAUUAUGUCUGCUAACGUCAGCACUCUGUCUCGGACCCCUGGGGUUUCUCUCCUGCAGGGAAACAGGUUGUCUCCCUCAUCAAAAGGCAGAACAAUGGCCUGAAAGUAGACAGAUUCCUUUGCCUGGGCCAAGCUAAGGCCAGCUGGAAUAAUAAACAUGGAACAGUUGUUUUCACUGACCUACUGACUAAAGGACAAAUGGACAGAGCAAAUCGCCUCUGAUGGAUCUGCCUUCAAAAUUCUUAUCACGCUUGUUCACCUGUGAUGGACAGAAAAGACUGACCAAGGUAGAGCUGAACAGGAAUUUAAACUAAGUCUCUUCACUUUAUUUUUCCCUACAAGGCCCUAUCAGAUCUGUUUUCUCCAAACCUUUGUUCUUCCAUUUUUAAUUCUAUUUUUCUUUCUUUCCCAUUUUGAGGUUUUUGAAAACAAUGCCUGUAAUUUUUAUGUAAUCAGUAUAUUUGUGCUUACAGUAGACAAACAGAACAUGUAUCUUUUGAUAUUUAUUUUCACAAGUAUUUGUAAUCAUUGUGAGCGCUAAUAUUGUGUGGCUUAUAGUGCUGCAAACAGUUAAUUAUUAACCACGGCUAGGCUAAGUUGUUUCAAAGAAAAUGAGUAGAGGCAAUUUUAGUUUUGAUCCUAAAUGCAGUUUUAAGAUCAAUGCACACCCAUAAUGCAUUAUGCUCACAAACACACACAACAAUGCUCAGAAUAGUUGGCUAUAUUGGCAGAGGUACACAUUUCUUCUGGUGCUGUUUUCUGUUUCAUUAGUCACAUGCUUACUGCACAUUAAAAACACCAUUAACUGAAAAGUAAUUGGGACUUGUUAAGUGUUGUUCCUGACACUUGUUCCUAACUUAGAGCCCAGCAAAGAAGAACAAAGGGCAAAUUACAGUCACCUGCUCCGUCCAAGACUGGUGUGAAAUGAGUAGUAAUUAAGAAAUUAAUUAAUUGUUUGACAAUUAAUUAAGCCAUUAAUUCCAUUUAUUUUUGCCUCUUCCAGAGUCCUGAUGUGAUGUUUGCUGGCUCACUGACAUAAGUUAAGGUGUCAGUAAGGCUGCAACUAAUGGUCAUUUUCAUAAUCAAUGAGAUUGACAGAUUGUUUUGGCUCUAAAUUGUCAGAAAGAAGAGCGGAAACCAGCAAAUGCUUAUCAGUCUUGCUUUUAAAAAUGAAGCGAUUAUUCUGUUAUCAAAAUAGUUGCCAGUUAACUUUCUGUCAGGUUACUUAUAGCUUCAUCAAAUAAUAGCAGCUCCACAGUAGAAUAGCUUCAGGACUGCCCCCCCCUCAAAAUAACAAACACAAAUGGCCAAGAUCUCUCAACCAACCAAAUUCUCCCAAAACUGUUCGAGACCUUUGAGAUUUGAGUUUCUAUCUUCCAGGAAUCUUUAUAGAAUGGAUACUGUUUUUAGUUUUUAGAUGAGGGUCCCUGUUUUGUAAGGAUAUGUCCAAAUCCAUAAUAUGUGUAUAAAAACCACCCACAUAUGACAUUGACAUUCCAAACUGUAACUUUCGAACGUCAGUGCCCAUUUUAGUUAACGCAUAAACAUCAGGAUGUUUUUCCUAAGAUUUAAUACUUCUUAUUUUCCCAGAUGUUGGAGCUGUUUCACCACCACCCACAAUUUCUUUCAUUUUUUUCCAGCUGUGUGCAGGUCCUCCAUUUCCUCUUUCUGUUGUGGGAGAAUGGUGUGUGUCAAUACCACACUCAAAAAUCAGCUGUAUGCUUUGAGUAUACUUUAUUAAGUCACCACUCAUGUAAACACAGUACAGACUAAAAACCUGCUCAGAUUAAGUAUAUAGUAAGAUUUGGGACACAAUAUUCAUGUAGAGCUGAAAUGAUUAGCCCACUGACAGAAAAUAAACCAGCAACUACUUGAUAAUU